AUGGCGCAUGGCAAAUCGCGUGGUUCAGCGCGACUUAAAGAGUCCGAACGUAUACGAAUCAUCGAUGAUUCUUCACGUAAACGUCUGAUGCGCAAAUUCCACGAAUUAUUGGAGGCUGACAAUCAUCAUGAGGAUCCAUAUGCAGAUCUGGUGAUGAGCAAGAAGGCGCCCAAGUUCGACGAUUCGUUUGAAGCACGCCCGCGUAAAAAGAAGGAGCGCACUGCCGAACAGUACCAGAUCAAGUAUCGCAAGACAUUGCUGCAGAACAUCGAAGAUGACAAGAAGGAGGCGGCGGCAUCGAAGCGACCAUCUUAUGCAAACAUUGCGGCGCCGCCGUGUAAAUAUCCGCCAUUUCAUCUUUGCGCAGUGUGCGGCUACCAAAGUAUUUACAAUUGCAUCUCGUGCGGGGUGAGACUUUGUCAUUCGAAGUGCUUCGAAAUGCAUUUCGAGACACGUUGUAUGAAGUGGAUGGGAUGAACUGUUUUCGAUAAUCAUGUCAAAUUGAUUGUGUACGGGACAAUUUCGAUAUUUUUCUAUUCAGAUAUUUUCUUUUUAAAUUUAGUGUUAAUUUCUUUGUAUGGCAUGUCUCAGUACAAUUUCUGUAUUAUUCUUAUUAAUUUUUACGUAGUACAAAAUUCUUGUGUGCUUAUUUAUAUGAUGGAAUGUUUAAAAUUGAUUUGUAGACAAUUUACAUGUAAUACACUUAAAUAAAACUUGUACUCGCA